AUGAUUGCCACUCGUUUUCAUCAUCCGCAGCGAUUGAUUUUGUCUGUUUUGGUGCUGUCCGGUCUCUGCUCCAAGUUACUUCACAUAUACCAACAUCGAUCUCUUCCCCUAUACCUUUUGACCCUCUAUUUUCCAACAUUCUUUAUCCAGGAGAUCCUCCUAUUCAUUGCAGUAUGGAUUCUCUUAUAUACAACCUCCGGUCGGUGGUCAGUGGCCGCCGUGGUCGUUUCAGCAAUUGUCGCGUGCAUUAAUUUGGCAGCAACAGCGUCGCAAGUUAGUUUCUAUUCUCAAACCGGCAGCGAAAUUCGAUGGGAUGCGGCCAGGUCCGUGGGCACGAGUCGGCAGGGAAUGAAUUUGAUAUUGAGUGGACUUGUGCCUAUGGCGGCCGCAACAACAGUGAUUUCGAUAGCUUCAUGGCUUAUGGCUCAGGGGAUCUGGAAUCUCAUGACCCGCUGGCUAUGCUCCCUCCACGCACUCGGAGACGCCACGACUCUGGGCAUGUUGCCAGGCCCCUCGGAUCUAAGAAAUCUAGUGUCGAAUAGAUCUCGGUUUUGGACGAUAGUGGGUACUGGAAUAACGAUCGGACUCUGGCUGAUCCGACCAGCAAUCCCAUAUAAUCAUAUGACGGGAGCUCUGCCCUUCACCAUGCUUGGAGAACACUCUCGGGCUCGUCGCAUGACCGUCGAAACAUUUCCGCUGCCUGAAUUGCUAGCGGAGGAAUAUCGAGAGCCUGCGAAUGGUCACUAUAAGGGAUGGGCACCGAGAUUGGACGACUUGGGCAACACUGCCUACGGAAAUUAUAAGCCAGCCUGGGCGCAUGGCCCUCUUCCUGCUGCAUUUGAGAGAUGGAUUGUGAACCCCGAUUCAAACACGGCCGGAAUUAGCUUGGAGGCGUCUAACUCGACCGUUCAAAGCGUAUCCGAGAGAAGCGACAAAGAAUCCGACUCUAAAAACCAGAACAAAACAGCAGAACCACGACACUACUUCUAUAACCCCGUCCAAGAUCCCAUGAGGAUAAGCAACCUUGACCUGGAACCACUUGGUCCUUUGCAGGAGGCUCUGAAGGACCAUGCCAUCCCGAUCAACCACAUCGUCUUUGUGUUCUUGGAAAGUGGCAGAAAGGAUCUCUUCCCCCUCAAAAACGAUUCUCGCUUGUAUAACCAAAUCCGUGAUUCGUAUGAAUUAUACGGAGAGGAGGAUGAAGCCGAUCUACAUGACAAACUGUCCCAGCUUACCCCCGUGGCAGAGAUGCUUACAGGGGAGCAGUCCGGCUUCGACUCGUCAGGUAACUCAACGAAUUCUAGACUAGGUGGUCUCACCUUCGACGGGAUAUUGUCAGGGAGCAGUCUCUCUGCUAAAUCGCGUCUUGUCAACUACUGUGGCCUCGGACCGCUCCCGGUGGACUUCAUGCAUGAAAAUGAUAUCAUUCCAUACCAGCCAUGUCUGAUGCACAUUAUGGAUCUAUUUAACCAGCGCAAGAGCUCUUCUGCCUCUGGGAAUUCAACCGACAGUCACCUGGAACGGGAAUGGCAAACCAUCUAUGCGCAGUCUGUCACUGGAGAAUUCCAGGCUCAGACUAAGCUUAUAGAUCUGCUUGGUUUCAGCCAGGCAUUGUACUCGGAAAACAUUGAUGUGGAGGAGGCGAAAUACUUCCAUGAGGAUAUGGAAAAGAUCAACUAUUUCGGUUAUCCCGAAACCGAGGCCCGCCCCUACAUCAAAGACAUGAUUGACGAAACGCUUCGUCAGAACAAGAGACUCUUCCUUUCACAUUUCACCAGCACCACCCACCACCCUUGGGGCACACCCGAAGGCUGGGAACGAGAAGAAUAUUUCGGUGAACUCCACAAGUCACAACAUGAACCCAUGGAUGCCUUCCUGAAUGCAAACCGCUUCGUCGACACAUGGCUUGGCGACUUAAUGAAGAUGAUUGGAGAAGCCGGUAUUGCCAACGAGACCUUGACAGUCUUCGUGGGAGACCACGGCCAAGCAUUUGGAGAAGACUGCCCCAUCACAGGAACCUACCACAACCCCCACAUCAGCAACUUCCGCGUACCCCUAGUAUUCCACCACCCCUUAUUACCCCGCAUGCACCUUAAUGUCAACGGCAGCGCCGUAUCCAUCCUCCCCACAAUCCUCGAUCUCCUUGUGAACACCAAUUCCCUCAACGCAGACGACACAGAAAUCGCUCUGGAUCUGAUGAACGAGUACGAGGGCCAGUCCCUCAUCCGGCCAUACCGCACCUCGCACAAUGGCCGCGAAGCCUGGAAUAUGGGCGUUAUUAAUGCCGGUGGCUCGAUGCUGAGUGUUGGUUCUGCUGCAGUGCCAUGGCGCCUCAACCUGCCAUUGAACAAUGACUUUGAGUACCGGUUCACGGACUUGAAUAAAGAUCCGUACGAGCUUGAGCCUGUCACGGGUUGGACUAUGGGGUCGCUUGCUGCGGAGGUUCAUUCCAAGCAUGGGCCUGAGGCUUUUGAUUGGGCUCAGAAGGCUGAGAAGGUUGGCCUUUGGUGGGUUGCGGAGCGGAAAAAGCUUUGGGAUUAUCGUGAUCCUGAUGAGUGA